AUGCGUGAGUCGCAGUUCUUUCACUUGCUCCGCACCGGCCGCGUCGUCAGUCGCCGUCGCGGAUCCGACCGGAGGCACGCAGAGGGCGCGGCCGACGGGCCUCCCGAGUUACCGACGCGCGAUCCCCGACCGACCGCCGAUGCGGCGCCGGCCUGCCGCGCGCGGGCGCCCGACCAGGGCCGCGGGGGCCGGCGGGCGGCGCCGCGCCGGGCGCGCAUCGAUCGCUCGGCGCCCGGCGCGGCGGAGGGGCGGCCGCGCGCCGGGCGCCGCGGUCCGCGGCUCGACGCCAGCAGCGCCGGCGCCGCCAUGGACUCGUCGUCGGCAGCCGCCAGCAGGGCCAAGUCGGCGCGGCGCGCGGCCGCGUGCGUCUGCCUGGCGCUCGCGCUGCUGCUGCUGCUGCUGCUGCUGCUGCUGCUGCUCGUGGAGCACGCGUGCCUGCGCGGGCGGCCGAGGAGGCGGCGCCCGGGCGCGGCGCGCGUCCGCGAGAUCCCGCUGGGCGCCGGCGAGCGCGCGGGCGGGCCGGCGCGGGUGCAGCUGGUGCCGCUGUGGGACGCCGCCAACGACAGCCUGGGGGGGGCCGCGGCGGCGGGCCGCAAGUACCGGGUGCUGGGGCGCCAGGAGCUGCUGGCGGCCAGGCGGCUGCCCGGCGCCCUCAUCAUCGGCGUGAAGAAGGGCGGCACGCGCGCCCUCCUCGAGUUCCUGCGCGUGCACCCGCACGUGCGCGCCGCCGGAUCCGAGGUGCACUUCUUCGACCACCACUACGCCGAGGGUCUGCACUGGUACAGGCGCCAGAUGCCGGCCACGCUCGCGGGCCAGAUCACCAUGGAGAAGACGCCGUCGUACUUCGUGACGGCCGAGGCGCCGCGGCGCGUGCAGCACAUGGACCCGGGCACCAAGCUGAUCGUGGUGGUGAGGGACCCGGUGACCAGGGCCGUCUCCGACUACACGCAAGUGCGCAGCAAGCGCCCCGACAUGCCGGCGUUCGAGCAGCUGGCCUUCGUCAACGGGUCACAGGUGGUGGACACGACGUGGGCGCCGCUGCGGAUCGGCGUGUACGCGCGCCACCUGCAGCGCUGGCUGGCCUACUUUCCGCUGUCGCAGCUGCUGUUCGUCUCGGGCGAGCGCCUCAUCAGCGACCCCGCGCUCGAGAUGGGCCGCGUGCAGGACUUCCUCGGCAUCAGGCGGCUCGUCUCCGAGCGCCACUUCUACUUCAACGCCACCAAGGGCUUCCCCUGCCUGCUGAAGGGCGAGCAGCACGGCGCGCCGCACUGCCUGGGCAAGAACAAGGGCCGCAGCCACCCGCGCAUCGACCCCACGGCCGUCCGGCGCCUGCGGGACUUCUACCGGCCGUUCAACCGGCGCUUCUACCAGCUCACGGGCAUCGACUUCGGCUGGGCCUGACGGGCCGCUCGUCCGUGCUCGCUCUAAAGACGGAGCGUGUGAGUUUUGUACAAAUGAAAGCAACGUGAGACUUUGUAUUAUACGGAUAGAGGUAUGUGUACGCAUCUAAGUUUGCACGAACAAUAAAAGAAAAGCCAUCGAC